GAUUGUUACCAGCGCUUAGAAUUCCUGGGAGAUGCAAUUUUGGACUACCUCAUAACCAAGCACCUUUAUGAAGACCCACGGCAACACUCACCAGGAGUUCUUACUGACCUGCGAUCUGCUCUAGUCAAUAAUACCAUUUUUGCAUCGCUAGCUGUAAAGUAUGACUACCACAAGUACUUCAAAGCUGUCUCUCCUGAACUGUUUCAUGUUAUUGAUGACUUUGUGCAGUUUCAAAUGGAAAAGAAUGAAAUGCAAGGAAUGGAUUCAGAGCUCAGAAGAUCUGAAGAAGAUGAAGAAAAGGAGGAAGACAUUGAAGUACCAAAGGCCAUGGGGGAUAUAUUUGAGUCCCUUGCUGGUGCCAUUUAUAUGGAUAGUGGAAUGUCUUUGGAAAUGGUUUGGCAAGUGUACUAUCCAAUGAUGAGGCCAUUAAUAGAAAAAUUUUCUGCUAAUGUGCCCCGUUCCCCAGUGCGAGAGCUGCUUGAGAUGGAGCCAGAGACGGCCAAAUUUAGUCCUGCAGAAAGAACUUACGACGGAAAGGUCAGAGUAACUGUGGAAGUUGUAGGAAAGGGAAAGUUUAAAGGUGUUGGCAGAAGCUACAGGAUUGCCAAAUCUGCAGCUGCAAGAAGAGCACUACGAAGCCUCAAAGCAAAUCAACCUCAGGUCCCAAACAGCUGAGACUCCUCUUAUAAUAAAUAAAAUGGGGAAAAACGCAUAAAAAUAAAGCAAAUUUUUUAAAAUGUUGAUGUUGAGAGGAACAAAUUGGAAGACAGAAUUUAAAGUUUGUUUGGUAACAGAAUAGAUAACAAAACAUUUAACAUGUAUAAAAUUUUGGAACUAAUUGUAGUUAUAGUUUUUUGCGCAAACACAAUCUUGUCUUCUUUCCUCACUUCUGAUUUGUUUAAUCACAAGAGUGCUUUAAUGAUGACAUUUAGCAAGUGUUCAGAAUAAUUGUUGUCAGGUCUUUUUGGUUUACUUUUAUUGUCAGUACAGCUUUGCUUAGUGUUAGAAGGCCAGGGAGCUUAUGCCUAAUGCAGUUGCUAGAUGUAUAUAUAGUAAUCUUGAAAUCCUUCAAUCUGUGCACUAGUGCCAGUCAUAAAGCAGUUGAUAAACUGUACUGGAUGAUUGGGUAUAAGAAAGAAUAAGUGUGCCAGUAUUCUCGUUUUUGUUUUUUUUUUUCUCCUACAUGUCAUCUUCUUACAUUAAGAUGGCAUUCCCAAUCAUUAUUGCACUUAUUUGUUAGGGACAGAUUUUAAUUGAAAUGGCUGGCAUACCGGUAGAAUGAGACUUCAAUUUCCUUAUGCCACAUAGUCUCGCAUUAAAAAAA